AAUUUCUGACGAAGUCUUGAAGGCAGCAUUGCAGACAGUAUCAGAAUGCAGAUUUUGGAUGAUUGCUCCAGAACAUAACAAAAACGUUUGCACUUUCGAAACUGCAAAACGUGUACAAGAUAAGUCACUUGUAUUUUUUUGACGCAGUAAUCGUAAAAAAAAUAAAAAGGACUUUAUGAACAGCAAUUAUACUACAGAUACCCCAAAUGUAGUACAUUGAAUUUUGGAUAAAGUGUUUGCAACUGCAUUUAUAUGUGCAAUUACAUUUCACCCUUAUUGAUUAAUAAAUGUCAGAGACCAAAGCCCUUGAAAAAAAGGUGUUUGACUAAUUAUUUUUAAAUGCAACUUUAAGUGCACUGAAUAAACAGUUUUUCUUCUGUUAUUGCAAGCGUACUAUUACUUGACUGCAGUAACUGCAGUUUAAAAGCUGCGAUUUCUUCCUAAGGCGUUAUAAAUAGUAUAUGUUGUACUUUAUUGUGGAACUAACAUUGAUGUUGUGGAUGGCAUAUAUUACUCAUUGUUGUCUCAGAGAUUAUGGCAAGGUACUACUCCUGUUUAAAAUAAUCAAAAAUCUAAACCUACUUUUAUUUUUUUACAAUGAGAAAAACUGAGUGUUACAAGAAAUGUUAUCAUUUUUAGAUAAUGUGUUAUCAUCGGCAAUGCAGCACAACAUCAUUGUUUUCAGCGACGUCACAAUUACGUGCCUUUUUACUUGGCGUACGUGAAAAUCAUAAUACAACAUCCAAACCUAUCUGCUCUGUUGUGGACUCCCGUGCAUGUUUUUGCUUUCCAGGAUGUCGGCAGACGAGGUGCACACGGUAACCAUGAAGGACAUUCUGGGAGACGAGGAGCUGCACGAGGCAUAUGCAGUGCUGGCUGGAAGUGACCCUGACAAUUGUUCCUAUCCCCAGGGGUAUGUGAAGAGACAAGCCAUUUUUGCCUGCAACACCUGCACACCAAGAGGGAUAGAACCUGCGGGACUCUGUCUGGCCUGCACCAACCAUUGCCAUGACGGGCAUGACAUCUUUGAGCUCUACACAAAAAGGAAUUUCCGCUGUGAUUGUGGAAACGGCAAGUUUGGCGAGUUUAAGUGCCAGCUAAAUCCUGACAAAGACAGGCAAAACAUUAAAAACCAAUACAAUCACAACUUCCAUGGUUGUUACUGCACCUGUGACAGACCUUACCCAGACACUGAAGAUCAGGUUAACGAGGAUAUGAUUCAGUGCAUAAUAUGUGAAGACUGGUAUCAUCCCAGGCACCUGGCUUGUGUGGUAGAAGACUCCGAUGAGCUGCAGGAGAUGGUGUGUGAGACCUGCAUGAACAAAGCCCCCUUCCUCUGGACCUACGCUGCCCACUUUGCAGAUCCCCCAAUGGUAAAUGUGAGCCCCUGUAAAGAGGAGGUUGAGGUGAACGUGCAGGAAGAUGAGGAGCCUUUUAAGAAGAGGACAGACGAACCCUGUAAUAAUGGUGAUGAGGGGUCCUCCACCAGCCCCAGCUAUCACAAGCAAGUUGGGCGAUCUGCCUGCAAACGGACUUACCUGGAGAUGACAGGCCGGCCUGUGAAGAGUCCGGUCAAGACUGUUUUCUGCAGGCUGAGGGAGCUGAAGACUCAGGGUGUGGAGAGAACUAGGGAAGGGGCUGUGUUCUGGCCAUACCACUGGAGAGCCAAGCUGUGCACCUGCAUCAGCUGCAAGAGGGCCUAUGUCGAGGCUGGAGUCCAGUUCCUGCUGGAUGAGUCAGACACUGUCCUGGCCUACGAGAACAGAGGAAUCAUAGAGGAAGGAUCUGCUAGUUUCGACAGUCUGCUCAUGUCAGGCCUAAGUGCUCUGGACCGCGUUCAACAACUGGAAAUUGUUUACCAGUUCAAUGAGAUGCAGACUGAACUGAUGGCUUUCCUAAGGCAGAUUGCUGAUGAAGGAAAGGUCGUCACAGCAGAAGCCAUACACCAGUUCUUUGGGGAGCUAAUGUCCAAGAAGAGGCGUCAGAUGAACAGUUAAUGUCAGUCUCUCCCUUAGGGUCCUGUUGUAUUUGUUCAGUUUUGUAACAUUACUAUGGGUUUGUAGUGGUUUGUGUCCCUCCAUCUUCUGCUUUAAAUAAAAGUGCUGCUAUAAAAUA